GGGGUGGGCUGUUUGAGGGUCCUCUUACACGACUCCCUCUCCCCUUUGUGUCCACAGGGACAUCUGCCAUCAGUGCUAAUAUGUCGUACAGCGUGACUCUGACCGGGCCUGGGCCCUGGGGCUUCCGUCUACAGGGGGGCAAGGACUUCAACAUGCCCCUCACCAUCUCCAGGAUCACUCCAGGAAGCAAGGCAGCCCAGUCCCAGCUCAGCCAGGGUGACCUCGUGGUGGCCAUCGACGGUGUCAACACAGAUACCAUGACCCAUCUGGAGGCCCAAAACAAGAUCAAGUCUGCCAGCUACAAUCUGAGUCUCACCCUGCAGAAGUCAAAGCGUCCCAUUCCCAUCUCUACGACUGCACCUCCGGUUCAGUCACCGCUGCCAGUAAUCCCCCAUCAGAAGGACCCUGCUGUGGACACGAACGGCAGCCCCGAGGCCAGGGCCGGCCUGGGCACCCCGGGCACGCCGCAGCUGGGGUGCGCCUUCUCCCAGGCCUCUAUCUGCUCGCCAUCUGUGGAGGUCUUGGACCCCAGUCCUUCACAGGGCAGCCCGGGCACCAAGACCAGCUCAGAGGGGGCCCCGGGGGCCCAGGGCUCACGCCAGCCGAGGCAGUAUAACAACCCCAUUGGCCUGUACUCGGCAGAGACCCUGAGGGAGAUGGCUCAGCUGUAUCACAUGAGCCUCCGAGGGAAGGCCUCAGGUGCCGGACUCCUUGGAGGGAGCCUUCCUGUGAAAGAUCUGGCAGUGGACAGUGCCUCCCCUGUGUAUCAGGCUGUGAUCAAGAACCAGAACAAGCCAGAGGAUGAGGCCGACGAGUGGGCCCGGCGCUCCUCCAAUCUGCAGUCACGGUCCUUCCGCAUCCUGGCCCAAAUGACAGGAACAGAAUUCAUGCAAGACCCAGAUGAGGAAGCCCUCCGAAGGUCAAGCACCCCCAUUGAGCAUGCUCCAGUGUGCACCAACCAGGCCGCCACCCCGCUGCUGCCUGCUUCUGCCCAGCUGCCUGCUGCCGCCUCUCCCAGCCCAGCCUCGCCGCCCCUGGCUGCAGCCACUGCCCACGCAGCCCCUGCCUCAAGCCCUGCGGAUGGUCCAAGUUCCAGACCCCAGGCCUCUGCCUACAGCCAUGCAGCGGCUGCCUCUCCAGCACCUGCCUCCCACACCAGCUACAGCGAGGGCUCUACGACUCCUGCGCCCAAGCCCCGGGUGGUCACCACUGCCAGCAUCCGGCCGUCUGUCUACCAGCCAGUGCCAGCAGCUACCUACAGCCCAUCACCAGGAGCCAGUUACAGUCCAGCCCCCUACACCCCCUCCCCUGCCCCUUCCUAUACUCCCUCCCCUGCUCCAGCCUACUCCCCCUCCCCUGCCCCAGCCUACUCCCCCUCCCCAGCACCAGCCUACGCCCCCUCACCUGCCCCCAAUUAUAACCCUGUACCUCCAGCAGCUUCGGCAGCAGGCUACGGUGGGGGCACCCCAGAAACUGCCAGCCGUCCCCCCUGGGUGACAGAUGACAACUUUUCUCAGAAAUUUGCCCCAGGCAAAAGCACCACUACCAUCAGCAAGCAGACCCUGCCGCGGGGGGCCCCAGCCUAUGCCCCUGCAGGUUCCCAGGUACCCCCUCUGGCCAGGGGCACCGUCCAGAGAGCUGAACGCUUCCCAGCCAGCAGCCGGACUCCACUCUGCGGCCAUUGCAACAAUGUCAUCCGGGGCCCUUUCCUGGUAGCCAUGGGUCGCUCCUGGCACCCAGAAGAGUUCAACUGUGCCUACUGCAAGACCUCCCUGGUAGACAUGUGGUUUGUGGAGGAGCAGAAUAACGUUUACUGUGAACGGUGUUAUGAACAGUUCUUUGCCCCACUUUGUGCCAAGUGUAACACCAAGGUCAUGGGGGAAGUGAUGCAUGCCUUGCGGCAGACAUGGCACACCACCUGCUUCGUGUGUGCAGCAUGCAAGAAGCCCUUUGGGAACAGCCUCUUCCACAUGGAAGAUGGGGAGCCCUACUGCGAGAAAGACUACAUCAACCUGUUCAGCACCAAGUGUCAUGGCUGCGAUUUCCCCGUGGAGGCUGGAGACAAGUUUAUCGAAGCCCUGGGGCAUACCUGGCAUGAUACCUGCUUCAUCUGUGCGGUUUGCCACGUGAACCUGGAGGGACAGCCAUUCUACUCCAAGAAGGACAAGCCCCUGUGCAAGAAGCAUGCCCACGCCAUCAACGUGUAGGGGGCUCAGUGUAGCCUGUGCGGGCGAGACGAGGCCCGCAGCUGCUCCUGCUGCUGGCAACAGUGGAUUCACAGUCUGAUGUGUCUUUUUGGGGGAAAGGGGAAGGAGGAAGCGAUUGAGCCCCUUUGAAGUAUAAUUUUAGUCCUUCCUUCUGUACACAGAUUGUACAUUUGCAUAGUUCAGACUAGAAGCCAAACGAACAUUCUCCACCAAACUAGCAAUUAAUCCAAGACUCUGUGGUGUUGUACUUCAAACGUUUAGGACAGAAUUCCAAGACCUCCAAAGUGAAUCAUGAACAACGACUUUCCCAAAGCCCUAACACCCUUUGCCGCGUCCUCCGUCUGCCCUGGUGUAGGGACUGAGCUCAGUGUGGUCAGUCCAUUGGUCUGUUGUUCGCGGAGACUCAGAAGCUGAGGUCUCCCAAACCCCUCUGGCAAACAAGAGUGAGUGCCAAACUCUCACUCGCUGCAGGUUAUUUUUAGAGCCAUAGCUGAGAGCUUGUUAGUUAAAUCCGAUCAGGCUUUCCUCACCAAAAAAGGAAGUGUUAUUCCCCCGACCAGCUCUCGGAGCGACCUCUGUGCAUCGGGCCUCAGACCCCGCACAGGCUGGAAUUGUUGGACAGGAAGUCCUGGCGUGUCCACAGCACUGUCAUCCGGUGGGGGCCACUCGCUGGGCAGCGGCUUGAGCUUGGGGAGGGCUCCCUCUCUGGCAGUGAAACACCCCUACAUCCCCGCAAGUUUAAGGUCCUGCCUGAGUUGUGCUGGAGAGUGGAACUGGCUUCUUCCCAUCUGGCUUUGUGAUGUGUGAGCAGG